UGGCGUAACCGGAUUGACAAGCGCAAACGUUGGUAAACGUUUGGCAUUGGUUACGAUUGUAAACAAGCCGGUUCAAAACAAUUGCCCAACAAUUAAAGAAACGUUGAAUUUGAUAAUAAAAGAAGCUUGAUAUAGUUGAAAAUGGCCAAUGGGCCAAUUGCAGAACGCAACCGAGAUGCGACUAUUUACGUUGGUGGUUUGGACGACAACGUCACCGAAGCGCUUAUGUGGGAGCUCUUCGUACAGGCGGGUCCUCUUGUAAACGUACACAUGCCUAAGGACCGCGUAACUAUGAUGCAUCAAGGCUAUGGCUUUGUAGAAUUCAUGGGUGAAGAAGAUGCUGAUUAUGCUAUCAAAAUAAUGAACAUGAUAAAACUGUAUGGGAAGCCCAUACGGGUCAACAAAGCAUCCGCGCAUCAAAAGAACCUCGACGUCGGGGCGAAUAUAUUCAUUGGCAAUUUGGAUCCGGAAGUUGAUGAGAAGUUAUUGUAUGAUACAUUCUCAGCUUUUGGUGUUAUACUCCAAACGCCAAAAAUAAUGCGAGAUCCGGAGACUGGAAACUCCAAAGGAUUCGCGUUUAUUAACUUCGCAAGUUUUGAGGCCUCGGAUGCGUCAAUUGAAGCCAUGAAUGGUCAAUACUUGUGUAAUCGACCCAUAAGUGUCUCAUACGCGUUCAAAAAAGACGCAAAAGGUGAACGGCAUGGUUCAGCCGCUGAGAGAUUACUCGCCGCGCAAAAUCCACUCUCGCAGGCGGAUCGUCCGCAUCAAUUGUUCGCAGAUGCACCGCCGAUGGGUUUAAUGCCGCCUGGUAUGAUGGCUCCACCACCACCACCAGUGAUGAUGGCAGGUAUAAUGCCACCACCUCCACCAACGCCAUCGAAUAUUCAACCGCCACCACCACCACCAGUUCCACCUCCUUCUGCAUUCCCCACUGGAAUCCCACCGCCACCAUUACCACCAGUACAACCACCAUUACCUCCGGGUGCUCCACCAACUGGUGCACCCAGUCGACCACCUCCGCUUCCACCAAUGCCGCCAAGCACAGGACCUGGUCAACCACCACCGCCAAGGAUGAUGCCGUCUUGGCAAGGCACCGGCGGUGGAUUCCCUCCACCCCCACCACCACCACCAACAGGAGCACCACCAUUCCCCAAUUCAUUUCCACCUCCGCCGCCGCCAAGUACAAGACCACCGCCACCGCCGCAGAACUGGAGACCUCCGCCACCUUCUGCUUUCGCUCCCAGGGGACCACCGCCACCUCCUCCGAACUUCGAAGAGGGUAACUGGCAGUAACACUUUCAACCCAAUCAUCAAAAUGAAAGUUAAACUUAUAAUAAUAAAACAUGAAUAUAAAUUACUCUCGAA